AUGCUCACCUUACCCCGCAUUCUCAACCCGGCAUUCGGUCCGAGCACCGCGCGCGCGUCAUCUCGCCACCUUACGCGUUUCCUCACCUUGUCCUGCGCGCCCAUAGGCGUCACUUUGCAAAGUGUAAACCGUAUCACGCCGAGGAUCGAUACCUUAACUAGGAUCAGCGCGUACCUGCGCACCUCUCCGUGUUGUGAUCGCCGUCUGCUGCAUGGACGGCCGACACUCCGAGAUCUGGCUCAACUGAAGAAGAAAACAAAGCUGACCCUUGUAGCACAGGCAUCUCCGAAAGAGUCGCGCCUGACUGAGCUCUGUACUCAGGCUGUCCGCUCACCGAGCCCCAUCAUCGUGGUGCCGAUCAACGGCCUUGUACUACUAUGCGGCGUCGACAUCCCUGCAGGCUCGCACUCAAUAUACAUCAGGACUUCCGUUCCGUCUCUCAAUCUUCAGCGCUGGACGCCCACGCGGUUCAUCGCGACCAGACAUUCAGUCUCGCAGUAG